UCCCCGAAACUAGUCGAGCCAGAAGGACAGAAACAGAAAAGAACCGCACCCGCAGUUGCGUCGCAGCCUCGUAAGCCUCACGCUCACUCUGCAUGGGCUAGCCGGCAAGCUAGUAAGCUAGUUUAGCUUCGUCCGACAACGCCGCCCGGGUGAUACCAGCCCCCAGUGUGCACUCAUCACUUGUGCCCUCCAGCCUGGCUUCAAAAUGAUGAAGUUUAGAUUUCGUCGGCAAGGUACCGACCCGCAGAGGGAGAAGAUAAAACAGGAGCUGUUCGCCUUCAGCAAGACGGUGGAGCAUGGAUUCCCACAUCAGCCCAGCGCGUUGGCCUACGACCCCGAGUUGCAACUCAUGGCGAUCGGCACAAAGGCGGGAGCCGUCAAAGUUUAUGGAGCUCCUGGCGUGGAGUUCACCGGACUCCACGACGACACAACUGCUGUCAUACAAAUUCACUUCCUGCCAGGACAGGGCCGGCUGGUGUCACUUUUGGAUGAUAAUACCAUUCACUUGUGGGAGCUGACUCCCACACCUCCCAGGCAGGUGGGAGGGGUUAAGAGAGACGGUGUGGUCAUUCUUCAGGAAGUGGACAACUACAGUCUUCCAGGAAGACCAGGCAUUGAGAGCUGCAGUACCACACGAGUGACUGUACUCCUCCUGCUGAGGUCAUGUGACCUCCUUUGUGUUGGAACAGAAGGAGGUGGUGUGUACUUCUUGGAUUUGCCCAGUCUGUCACUUAAAGAUGGCCAAACAUUGUUACAGGAUCAAGUCACACAGAGCCUGCCAGAAGACUACAGAUGUGGGAAAUCAUUAGGGCCUGUGGAAUCUCUUCAGGAGCAUCCUCGGCAAGCGGGGAAAAUUCUAAUUGGCUACAGCCGAGGUCUGGUGGUCCUGUGGGAUGUGAGCAGCCGUCAAAUCGAAAAGCUCUUCCUUGGCAAGCAGCAGCUGGAGAGCCUGGUGUGGGAAUGUUCAGGAAACUUAUUCGUCAGUUCCCAUAGCGAUGGUGGCUACUCCGUUUGGGCCGUUGUCAACGACGACUGCAACAAUCCGCAGCCGGUGUCCUCGACCAUCCCAUAUGGCCCUUUUCCCUGCAAAGCUAUUAACAAAAUCCUGUGGAGAACAACAGCGACUGGGUCACCAGUUUUAUUGUACAGCGGAGGAAUGCCCAGAGCCAGCUAUGGCGACCGCCACUGUCUGACCAUUCAGCAGGACACAGACCACGUCACCCUGGACUUCACCUCCCGGGUCAUUGACUUCUUUACGGUCCACAAUGUUGAGCAAGAGAAAGAAUUUGAUGACCCCUCUGCGCUGGUGGUCUUACUUGAAGAGGAGCUGGUUGUGAUUGACCUCCAGACUUCCGGCUGGCCUUCUAUGCCCACUCCUUACCUGGCGCCUCUGCACUCAUCGGCCAUCACGUGCUCCUGUCAUAUAACCAGCGUCCCUCCCAAGCUGUGGGAAAGGCUGAUCAAUGCUGGCAGAGCGCAGCAGGGCCACGAACACGCGCCCGGGCGCUGGCCCAUAUGUGGAGGGAAAAACUUGGCUCCUCCCCCCAAACAACAAGAACUGCUUUUGACAGGACAUGAGGACGGCACCGUGCGUUUCUGGGACGCGUCCGGGAUCGCCCUCACGCCGCUCUACAAACUGAGCACGGCCAACGUCUUCCACACAGACUGCGACUCCUGCGACGUGCCUCAGGACCCGGGCGACGACCCCGACCUGCAGCUGGAGGAGGAAUGGCCUCCCUUCCGGAAGGUGGGCUGCUUUGACCCAUAUAGCGACGACCCCCGUCUGGGCAUCCAGAAGAUCAGCCUAUGCAAGUACAGCAACAAGUUGUUGGUGGCAGGCACCGCCGGGCAGGUGAUUGUGCUGGCACUGAGCGACGAGCGCUCGGACCACACGGUGGACGUGGCCGUGGUGGAUCUGCUGCAGGACCGCGAGGGCUUCACGUGGAAGGGCCACGACCGACUGGAUCCGCGCCUCCGACCCGCUCCUUUCCCUCCGGGCUUUCAGCCUCAGGUGCUGGUGCAGUGCAUGCCUCCAGCUUCAGUCACGGCGGUGGCGCUGCACGCCGAAUGGAACCUCAUCUCUUUCGGAACCAGUCAUGGCUUUGGCCUCUUUGACUACCAGAGGAGAAGUGCCGUCUUGGCCAGGUGUACCUUACACCCUAACGACUCCCUGGCUAUGGAGGGUCCUCUCUCGAGGGUCAAGUCCUUGAAGAAGUCCUUACGGCAGAGUUUCAGGCGAAUCCGCAAGAGUCGGGUGUCUGGGAAGAAACGCACCAUCAGCACGCCCACCAGCAAGGUCCAAGAGGCCAACGCCGCCCUUGCCGAGCAUGAAGAAAUGGCUCCCAUCCAGCGAAGGAUCGAACCUCGAUCAGCCGACGACUCGCUGUCUGGAGUUGUUCGAUGUCUGUGCUUUGCCGACACUUACCUGCGUGACGGCACGCACCACGGACCCACACUGUGGGCGGGCACCAACUCGGGCAGCGUGUACGCUUACGCCCUGGUCGUACCCGGCGUGGGCUCGGGCCGCGGUUCCGAGCGAGGCGUCGCCGGCGAGAGCGGCGGCGUUUGUGUGGAAGCCGUGUUGGGCAAAGAGAUCCAGCUGAUGCACAGAGCUCCCGUGGUGUCCAUCAGCGUGCUGGAUGGGCGCGCCAAACCUCUACCGGAGCCUUACGAAGCCUCGCAGGAUCUCUCCAUUGCUCCCGAUAUGUCCAAUCCUCAUUCCGUGCUCAUCGCCUCAGAAGAACAACUAAAGGUGUUCUCUCUGCCUAAAGUGAGCGCCAAGACGAAAUUUAAGCUCACCGCUCACGAGGGCUGCCGGGUGAGGAAGGUCGCCCUGGUGGUCUUCAGCUCCACGGCUCAGGAAGACUACAGCGAGCAUACACUCGUCUGUCUGACCAAUAUGGGCGACAUGCACCUCUUCAGCAUACCUGGCCUCAGACCGCAGGUGCGCUACGAUUGCAUCCGCAAAGAGGACAUCAGUGGCAUUGCAUCAUGUGUCUUUACCAGAAAUGGACAAGGAUUCUACCUGAUCUCCCCCUCAGAAUACGAGAGGUUCUCCUUGUCUGCAAAAGCCUUCACCGAACCACUCUGUUCUGUUGCACUGGAGCGACUUUCGCUGACCAGCGAUGUCACGACGAUGCUGCCACAGACCAACGGAACGCUCAAGAACCAGAUAGGGCAGGCUGAAGGACAAACGGAGGGGCUCCCCAGCUCUCUGUCCUCCCCCCUCUCGGACACGCCCCUGAGCUCCCCUCUCAGCUGUGCUGACGUCACGUUGGAAUCCACCGGGGAACUCACCGUGGAAGACGUCAGAGACUUCCUAACCACGGUGGACGAGGAAGAGAACAACCUGAAGAACAUUCAAGAGGAGGAAGAUCGCCCUCCUGGCAUUCUCAUCAAUUGAGCAGGGAGGGACUCAAGUGGUCUCUGGAUGGACUUGAUUUCAGUGCUGGACCACAAACAUCUCAUCACCACAUCUCGAGUUCACUGUGAAGUUCCCCCUUGCCCGGUAGUUUGAAUUGCUUUGAACCUGAAGACUUAGUGGCAGGACCAAAUCUUUACCCCAUCCCCACCCCGCACACACUCUCACUCACACACACACUUGGAUCCACUGUCCAGUUAACAUACGACCAUUAAUUACUUACUGUUAGGUUUCAUUCCAGAGAGGUCGACGUGACGUGCGUUUCGAUUUUCUUUGGUGGAGGCAACGGGUUGUUCUUGCACCCCACCUACACUCAAUAUGGUACAGGCGGGAAGAAAGCCUUAUAUGGAAGUUUGUGCAGCUGGUUUAAGAAGGUUUUUAUGGAUUUUUGAUGGCUUUUGGCAAAGUAGAAAUUUGGCGGUGGUUGUGAGAUGUUUGGACACCAUUUAAACCUAUUGACACUUGAACAAUGUGUUCAUACUGCCACUGUACACUGACACGGUUCUGACCAUUGCUGUGGCCGAAAAGUCUUUUUGUUUCAUCUUUUUAGCUUUUCUUGUGGGAUGUGUGGCAAGUAAGGACUAGCGGGCUUGAACGCAGACGUGUGUGUUAGUUGUACGAGUCUGAAGAAUGCACCCAUUUGGCUUGCAUUGUGGGUAAUGUAUGCUGGCAGCAGAGCUUGAAUCACCAGUACUUUUUUUUUUUUUUUUUUUUUUUCCUCGAACUUUUACUGUGUAAAAACAAAUCUAUGUAUACAUACUGUCUUUAUGUAGGGUAACAUAUGACAUGAGUCACGUGUUUGAGCCUAAACAAAACAAAACAGAAAAAAAGCUUCCAGCAUCUUUGAAUCACAAUACUGACGAGCCUAAAAAGGGACCUCACUACUAACUUAUCUAGCUCAAGUAGUCAUCCUGUCACUUCUACGCUUUUAAUUGUCGUUUUAGUUUUGAUUUGUGUUUUUGACUUGCGCAAAUCAUUAAUCUUUCCAUGCUACAGCUGACUGUUUUUGAUUCCACUAUUUUUUUUCUGUUCAUUUUGUUUUGUGAUUGGUAUUUUAUUAGUAUUUAGCAUUAGCAUUUCAGCUGAUGAAUUGUGAAUGUUAAUAAAAUGAUGUACUCUCUAA